GUUCCUCCCAGCAAAGGGAGCGGUUCCCCUCUCGAGCCACUCCAUCCUCGAGCCAUUGCAUCGGGACCAGCCAGUGGCAAAGCAAUAGACUGCUCGGUGCACUAAAUGCCAACUGGUUUGUUCGCAUCCAUCAGGUGUCUGGGGUUCUCUCACGCUAUUGAUAAGCGGGUGUCCUCUACUCUGGUGCUUCCAAGCCCCAUGUUCCCACAUUUGGCGUGGACCUUGCCUGUCCUGUCGACAGUACGGCGCUAGCUGCACGCUCCCUCGUUUCCAUCUGCUGGUUCUGCUGGAGCUAGUCUAGCCUGUUGCACCACUGUGCCCGAGCUGGUGGCUCCGAACCACAGUCCACCGUCCCAGCUUUCUCCUCUUCUUAGCCCACUCCCUCCCCAGCCAACCUGCCUGGCUCCACGGUCUCCUGCUCUGCUCUCUUCUCUCCCCUUUCCUUUCGACAGAGCACCGGAGCAUUGGCACGCAGCACUCGACUUGCUGCCACUGCUGUGUCGAAAAUAACGACCCCGAGAACGACAGGAGUUGUCCCAUCAAUCCAUCGCUCGCGCUGCAUCCACGCCGCAGCUGUUUUGUCAGAAACAACGACGGGAGACGAACGACCAGGGUGGUCGAGAGGGAUUCCCAUUCAAGUGGUUGUUUAACUAACCAACUGGACCACCACCACCACCCUCACUCAGCCUCGCAAAUCAUUUCGACCGAACUGAGUUUCGCGACCUUCAGACUAAACGAAUUGACAGCCAGCUGUCAUCCGAAUUGAUCGACAUAUCAACUUAAACCAACGACACAGUACUACCACACCACCGCCAACAUGAGUUCACCGGCACAAGGGGGACCGUCGAUCCCAAAGGAGAAGGACAAGAAGGGGCUUGGAAAGGUUCUGUCUAGGAUGAAGACUGUUCUCAAGAAAGCCGACCCGUCACGCCGUCUUUCGACCUUGGGCGGCUCCAAGGCUGCUGGACCUUCCUCUGCCACUCCUGCUGCACCGGCCAAUGAGCCUGCCGAGGAAUUGAUCCCCAUCAGCCCUCCUGCCCAGUCUCUGGCGGCCAAGAAGCCCGAUGAUCCCAAUGCCAUCAGGGUUCCUAGGUCUCAGCUCUUUGCUGAGAGGGCGAAGAAGCUCGGCGAGCUGUAUGGUUUGGAGCUGAAGCCCAGCGAAUGGCACUCGACUGAAGGACACGCCCUGCGUGUCGAGAAGCCGAUCAAGAUGCGCGUGCACAGGAGAUGCCAUCUGUGCAACACCUCUUUCGGACUCGGAAAGGAAUGCCCCAAGUGCAAGCACCCUCGCUGCAAGACUUGCCCACGCGUUCCUCCCAAGAGGACCGAGGCCGAGAGGGAGGAAAGCCGCAAGAAGCGCGCGGCUCUCAUCAAGGAGCGCGAGGCGAACGCCCCCAUCAUCCCCGACUGGGACACGACAGCUAAGAAGGUCGUUCUCAAGAGACCUGCGAAGACGGGAGGACAGGAUCGCAUCUACCAGAAGCAGAGGCAGCGCAUCAGGAGAACCUGCUGUCAAUGCCAGAAACUGAUCCCUGGCGGUACCAAGACGUGCGAGUGUUGCCAACACACUCGCUGUACCGAUUGCCCUCGUGACCCAGCCAAAAAGGACAAAUAUCCGUUUGGUUAUCCAGGUGACGCCCCUGGUACCAAGGUCGGUCAUUACACGUGCCUGGACUGCAAGCACAACUUUUCUGAAGAGCCUUCGGACGACAAAGUUUGUCCCAAGUGUUCAUGCAAAAAAACAGAACGCUUGACACCGCGGAAGGUCCAACCAGAACCAGAUCCAGAGGUGGUUAAAAGCCUGGCGGCCAGACUGGAGAACAUUGGGAUCUCUUGACGCCAACCAUCAGAUUUACAAAAGGGGCCUUGACGAGCGGCGAGUCGGAGUAGGCGCGUUUUCUUUGGAUCACCUUCUCGGUGCAUUUUUUUUUCCUUUCGAUCAUUUCACAUUCAGUAUGAGCCCCAUUUGUCACGAACAUUCUUAGCAGCAUUUGAUUGUCACUUUUCGUCUUUCCUCGGCCAUCACAACACACCCACGGACACACUCACUACACGGCAUGUCAGAGACGUACCCGAACGACACUCGAUGCAUGCAUUUAAUCAACCCCCCAGGGCACGACAACGACUAUCACUUUCUUACGCCGACGACACUGCAUUUUAGACGGCAAAAAAUUCUGCAUUCCGACUCUUCUCGAAUAAACUUGUUCCUGCAGAAAGGAGGGUGUGGCAAGGAAGGAGAACACAACCAGGACCAAGGGAUCGCUGUGCAUCUGGAAAUGCGCCGAAGUCGGAAAGCGGAGGAUUUGGAGGAAUUGGAGGUUUCAGUAUAGGGCAGCCGGUGUUAUGGGGGGAGCUUGAUGCAUGAUCACGGCGUGGGUCAUCCAACUCGGUUACAUUGCGGACCACGGUACCGAUUACGUUUGCAGCCUGUCAGCACCAAAGGUUGUUGAGGGAGGGAUAGGGAAAGGAGGGGGUGAUUUCAGUCAAGACACUCAAUCACACACAACAUGAACGCACACCUCGCACCCACAAAUUUCACGAAAUGCUCCCUAGGAACACCCUACACAGACAGACAGACACACACAUACACACAUAUUUUGAGCGAAAUUUACAUACAUAC